GGGCGGAGCGAGGGCCGGGCUGAGGGAGCGGAGCCAUGGCGGGGCCGCUGUGCCAGGGCUGGGGCCUGGGGGCGGCCCUGCGGAGCCGCGCCGCGCUCCGGCCGCUCGGGCUGCUGGCACCGCCGGCACGGGGGGUGCUGGGGCCGGCAGGGGGAACGGGAAUGGGAACGGCAGCGGGAUCGGCAGCGGGAUCGGGAGAGGCGGCGCUGGAGGAGAACCCUUUCUACGGGAAGUACCGGCACAAGAUCCAGGAGCUGCGGAGGUCCAGUCCAGAUGUGUUUGAGUCCCGUAUGGAAAAAAGAAGUGAAGUGAAAAGGCAGCCUGUGGGACAUUCCAAACAAGGAGAGUUUAUCAGAUGCAUGGAGGAAAAGGCAGAAGGCUUGGGCAGCAAGACAUCAAAGGGAGGAUUCACAAAGGAUAAGACACUUGAUUCAAUUCUUAAUGUUGAGAUGGUGAAAGAAAAAUCAGCAGAGGAGAUAACACAGAUUUGGAAUCAGUAUUUUUCUGCAAAAGACACCGUUUAUGCUGUUAUUCCUGCAGACAAGUUUGAUUUGAUGUGGAAGAGAGCCCAGAGCUGUCCAUCGUUUCUGUAUGCUUUGCCAAGAAAAGAAGGCUAUGAGUUCUUUGUGGGGCAGUGGUCUGGAACAGAAUUACACUUCACUUCCCUGAUAAAUGUUCAGACCCAAGGUGAAACUGCUCCAAGCCAGUUGGUCUUGUACCAUUAUCCUGAUCUGCAGAAGGAGAAAGGGAUAGUACUAAUGACAGCAGAGAUGGACUCCAAGUUCUUGGUGGUCCAUGAUGCCCAGUGCUUGGCCAACCAGGUGCAGCUGUUCUAUGCCACGGAUCGCUCCGAGACCUACGGAUUAGUGGAGACCUUCAACCACAGAUCCAGUGAAUUUAAGUACAUGUCAGUUAUAGCAGAGCUUGAGCAAAGUGGGCUUGGAAAAGAACUGAGACCUGGGCAGGCUUCUGACAAGUCAUAGAGCCUGGCCUGUGGUAAAAGGAGCCAGCAGCAGGCAGCAGAUCCUAGGAGGGGUGGUCAAGUGUCUUCUGUUUUACAGCUUGGAUUUGGCUACAGAAAGAGUCUGCAGACAUCCUGGGAGAGUGACAGUCAAGCCUGUCUGGCACUGAUGCAAGAUGAGGACUUGGGCCUUUUGAACAACAGUAACUAAUUGCCAAAAAAUGGAGCCCAGUACUUCAGUGUAACUUCAUCAGAAAGAGCCAUUUUCCUUAUCCUGUAAUUUCCUGCUGCCUGCUGGAUUGUGGAAAUCUGAAAUAAAGUGACAGAAGGGGAACUAUGUAACAGGCUGUACUGACAUCAGGAAAGAGAUGACAACCAAUGUUUCUUCUCAGUAAACGCAUUUUAAGUGCCCUCCACCAUUAUAAUUGCAUGGUUCAGUGCUUUUUAAUCUGUGUGGAAUUCAUACAGGCUUGCACAUCCAGAAGAAAUAAUAGGAGCAAUGGUCUAAGACAGACACCUCUUUGUUUCUUUGUGAGGUUUCUUACAGAGAUGUAUAUUGUGGUCUGAACUUUUCUCAGGAUUAAAAAACCAGAGUCACUAGA